AUGCUUGCCCUUCUUGCUCGUCAUUUCAGCAUCGACCGUGUUCGAGGUACUCUGCUGACUGCUUCGACGUUGUUCCAGGUUGAAAUCGGGGGAAACUCCGUGCGAGAUCUCCGACACUUUGUGCAACGCGUAAGGACUGUUCUGUAUGCAAUACCAGUCGGACAGAGGCCAGAUGAUCGCCUCACUGGCGAAUGGCUUUUCCACCGGGUGAAGCAUAUUCGAAAGUUGGAACGCGUCAUCGAGGAUAUCAGAGAAUCUGCGCCAGAAUCCCGUCGUCGUGAGUGGGACUACUUAUGGAACAAAAUACAAGAUAUCCUUGUUCAAGAGCGAGAAGAUGCAAACUCACACUCGGUGAUGAAGUCCUUGCAAAUUGCCGCUCCGCAGGCGAAGACAAAGGGAGUUCCUGCAGGGACUAAGGAGGCAUCCCGGAGUUCCCCAAAGGCCAAGACUCCUGCCCCAGCGUCCACUGGACCUCCACCGAAGGCUCCUGUGGUGGACCUCAUCCCGGCUCUCAGAGUUUGGGAUUUGCAUAGUUUGGGAUUUGCAUCUGACAACAUGCCUCUCGCCAAUCACUACAUGUUGGACAACUGUCCAGUUGUUCGGAGCACCGGUUUGGAUGUUGAAUCCGGGAAGGCCUUCAUAUGGUUACCUGGUUCCCUUCCUUUCUUUGCGCAUGACCUGUCUAAGCUUCGGAUUGAUUGCGCUGAGGAGGCCAAGUUUUAUGCAACGCGCGUAGAUGAGCAUGUGCCGAUUUUCACCAGCAAAGUUCAGUUUGUCCACGGCAUGGCUGCGUCAGCUGAUUCUCUAGAAGGGUCGGGUGAGGAAUUCCGAGAGCCUUCGGAUCCCUUUGCCCAUGAUCCAGCUGAAGAGUAUGCCAAAGACCUCAACGUGGUGGUGAUAUUCAGCCCAAUCAAGUUCGUAAGAUCUUUGGACUUCGAUGACUCGUCCUUUGCAGUUGGCUGCUUCCGUCGAGGUGGCGUGGUCGGUCUUUUGAAGUCUACGAAGGAGUACCCUUUCGUUACUCGUGCAUUGAACCAAUUUGCGCAGCGCAAAGCCCCUGGGCAUGUUUACACCACCAUCAAUUUGCUGCACAAUGUGUCCGCAGAUCCUCACAAGGAUUCCCAUAAUGCUGGGAUUGACAAUGUUGUCAUUUCGUUGGGGGGUUUUACCGGUGGUGGUGUUUGGGUUGAAGAUGCUGCAGGAAGAGACAAAUGUCCUUUUCCAAGCGUUUCGCAGACUGGCGAGCUUUUGAGUUUCAAGAAAGGGGUCAUCAAGUUCUCUGCCAAAAAUCGACUGCACGCCACGCAACCUUGGACUGUUGAUCGGCUGGUGAUGAUCUUGUAUGCAGCAAAAGAUCCAGCUUCUCUUGAGCUUGAUGUCUUAGAUGCUCUCAUAGGAGUUGGAUUUCCUUUGGACAGUCGCCCGCUGGUUGAUGUCAUUCCAGCAGAAGUUGAGUCGUCCGAAGAACAUCUUUUCGAGGCAAACCCUGAUGGUCCAGCUGCAUCUGCGCUUCCUGAAGGGGACAGGCCUUUAGAUUUGAGUUCGCCGGGAGUUCCCAUUGUGGACGACGCCCAUGUCAGCGAUCGAGUUCGCAAACUGAGAGAUGAAGCUGUAAGCGAUUCUGAGCCCGCGUUGCUUGAAGCUUCGGAGUUUGGAGAGGUUAUUGCAGCUGAUCACAUCCAUGUGUUCAAGUCACCUAGUGACUCCAAUGCUCCCGGAAGAGAGUGUGUGGUGUUGUGCCUUCGAGGUCGCUUCACAGGAUUGUUUGCUGCUUACCCUGCCACAGAUCGUUCAACUGAUUCCAUCUUGACAUGCCUCAAGCGUUUUGUCGGGAGGAAAGUGUGCAGCAAGCCGGUAUCGCUGGUUUCUGAUGCAGCAGAUGAAUUCAAGCUUGCUGCAGAAACCUUGGGCUGGCUACACAUGCCUUCACUGCCAAACCGGUUUCCUCACAAUUCUCAGCUCGAACGCGAAAUUAGGUCUUUCCAAGAAGGAGUCAGGUCGUCUUUUCUUGAAGCAGGGUUUGCUGUCAGGCCUGAGUUGUGGACAGUGGCUUGCCGCUACGGCUCAAUGGCGAUGAACUUUUCGCAUCCUGCUCCUCUCGAGUCUGAUCUCUCACGAUGGGACUUUGCAGUUGCGCACUUCGAUGCCGAAGAUGUCCCGCCUCGGGAAUUAAUCUUAAGCCAACUUGUUUUCUAUCGGGCACGAGCAGAUAGCAAGUUUGGUCCUCAUGCCAAGCCAGGGUUGUUCGCCGGAUGGAGAUUGGAGCCUGGGUUCUUGUAUAGGUCGGUUGUACGCGUGCUGGAUUUAGCCAAAGUUCGAUUCAAACAUGGUUCUUGGGAAGAGGUUAUUUCUUUUCCUGAAGCAGGGCUGUAUGUGCGAUCUGGCGACCCAGUGUUUCCCCUCAAAAACGCGCCCGAACAUGCGCUGCAGCUUUGUGGAGGAGACGACUUUGUGAUACCAGACCCUCUUCCUUUACCUUUCUCAGGCGACCAAACCAACGUUAAGAAAAAGGCCCGAAGGAUCUACAUCACCUAUUCAGGAUUCCUGAAGCUUGGCCCUACUCCAGGUUGCACUGCCUGUGAGAGAGGCGAGCCCAAAGCUUCGUCACAACCUGUUGAGGAUCAUGAGACGCUCUUGUCUUUCGAGCAUCUUGGUUUACCUGACCUUCCGCCUGAGAUCGACCCAGACGAUGAAGAAGCAGUUGAAGUAGAACUUGCUGCUUUAAGUAGGUCUACAGGAAGAGAAUCUGAGUCAGAGUUAGACCUCCUCAGGACGCCGGAGUACGAACCUUCGAUUCCCGAAGAUGAUGAAGCACUCCCCGGUGUAGGAGCUUUACCUGCCUGCUGCGCUCCGGAUUCCAUGAUUGGGGCACAUUGGUCCAGAGCUGGGUGUUCAAGUGGUUCGGUUGUGCCGUGA